CCUCCACUGUCACCAUGUGAGCGCCAUCGAGCUCGCUGGAUCGAAUCAAAAAAUGGCAGCAAUGUCGAUGCAGUGAAACACACAGCCCGCACAUUGCUUUAUUAUUUACGAAUCUACACGAGUCGCAAGCGCGCAGAUCGAAAUAGUGGAGAAACGAAGGCAAUCUAGAAUAUUAUAGUAUUCAGUAGUUCAUGGCACAUGUUGAAGAAGCAAACAGCAUGGAAGAUCCUGUGAUUUUUCCAUUAAAAAUCAUUUCCUCUUUCUUCUUCUCCCCCACCGCCAAGUUUCCUGGAUCUUUCGUCUUCGCUGACGGUCCAUUCUCCCACCAACAUUUUCCCCUUCCUCCGGGAAGGUAUUUGGUUUACUUUUCGCUGACCUUUCUUCAGGCGAGUGAUAAUGGAACUUCAAGGAGGAAGGUCACUGGCCGAAACGCCUACCUACUCGGUUGCUUCUGUGGUUACUGUCAUGGUCUUUGUCUGCUUGGUGGUGGAGCGGGCAAUCUAUAGGUUUGGAAAGUGGUUGAAGAAGACCAAGAGAAAGGCUCUGUUUGCUUCUUUGGAGAAGAUCAAGGAAGAGCUGAUGCUGCUUGGACUAAUAUCUUUGAUGCUGGCACAAUGUGCAAGGUGGAUCUCUGAAAUUUGUGUGAACUCGUCCCUUUUCACCAGUAGAUUCUACAUUUGUUCAGAAGAAGAUUAUGCCACCAAUGAACAUAUUCUGCUUGAAAAUUCUCUAUCAUCUCAUAAUGAGAAAAGAGGAUUAAGUGCUCUUCCUCAUCAAUGUGGUGAGGGUCGUGAGCCUUUUGUUUCAUAUGAGGGGCUUGAACAACUUCACCGGUUCCUGUUUGUUCUUGGGAUCACUCAUGUUCUUUAUAGCUGUCUAGCUGUUGGUCUGGCAAUGAGUAAGAUAUACAGUUGGAGGAAAUGGGAAAGUCAAGUUAAAUUAGCCGCUGAAGAUAAUUUGCCAGCUAAAAGAAAUAAGGUCAUGAGGCGGCAAACGACGUUUGUUUUCCAUCACACAUCUCAUCCAUGGAGCAGGAGUCGUAUUCUCAUAUGGAUGCUUUGUUUUCUACGUCAGUUCAAGAGUUCGAUAAAGAAAUCAGACUAUUUGGCCCUCCGUUUGGGUUUCAUUACGAAGCACAAAUUACCAAUCUCUUAUGACUUCCACAAGUACGUGGUUCGAAGCAUGGAAGACGAGUUCCAUGGGAUCCUUGGAAUUAGCUGGCCACUAUGGGGCUACGCCAUUCUUUGCAUCUUUGUCAACAUUCACGGUUUAAAUAUCUACUUUUGGCUUUCUUUCAUACCGGCCGCUCUUGUUAUGCUGGUUGGGACAAAACUUCAACAUGUUGUAUCCUCUUUGGCUCUUGAAGUUUUGGAACAGAGAGGUGGGACUCAAAUAAAACCAAGAGACGAUCUGUUUUGGUUUGGAAAGCCUGUGAUUUUACUACGGUUAAUACAGUUCAUCAUAUUUCAGAAUGCAUUUGAGAUGGCGACAUUUAUCUGGUCCUUGUGGGGAUUUAAGGAAAGAUCUUGCUUCAUGAAGAACGACUUUAUGAUAAUCACGAGGUUGACUUCAGGUGUUCUUGUUCAGUUUUGGUGCAGCUAUAGCACUGUGCCACUUAAUGUAAUUGUUACACAGAUGGGAUCCAAAUGUAAGAAAGCAUUGGUGGCUGAAAGCGUGAGAGAGUCAUUGCAUAGUUGGUGCAAGAGAGUAAAGGAGAGGUCCAAACGUGACUCUGCACAUUCUAUCACUACAAGAUCAGUAUGUUCACUUGAAUCAAUGGUUGAUGAACGAGAUGAAAUAACCAUUGCUUCCGGUACGUUGUCACGGAGCUCAUCUUUUGAGACCUCAAAUCAGGUGACGGUACAAUCUAUUGCCCAACUAGAGGCUAUUAUUGAGUCUUCAAGCUUAAGGAGGCAUGAAGAACUUCCCCCCACCAUGGCGGAUUUUCUAUCACAAUCUGCAAGAGUUUCUCAUGCUCAUGCAGAAAAUAAUGGCCUAGAAAAUAAUGCAGAGAGUGGCGAAGAUAGCAAGGUCGAGUCACUUUUCGACUUGUUCAAAAGGACAUGAACGCGUUUUUACACUUUUUGUAAGGUUGAUCUGAUUCGGUACAACAACCUUCAUCUACCAAUUUUUUUUAUAGCCCAUAAGAAGGAUUUCAGUGUCAUAUGUAUAAUAAGUUAGGAAGAGAUUAACAAUGACUUGAUGGUGAUCAUCAAGUUUAUGUAAGAGAAAAAAAAUCAGUACUUAUUGAUGUCAAGAAGUAUGAUAUUUAUAUACUAAGUUUAUGAACUAAAAGAUUUAUAAAUGUUCAAUCAA